GAGAACCCGUGAUCACGCGAAUUGAUGUAGUAGGUGGGGUUGGCUCACGUCUCCAACCAACUAAUUAAGUGCUUCCUUCCUUAUUACUUUGUCGUCGUAGACUGGCUCAUUGGGUGGGUACUGUUCCUCACUCACUCAUCCGUCGCUUCUCACUUGCUCGAUUCCACUCUCUCGUCUCUCUUGCAACAUCCAUAUAUCUAUAUCUAUAUCUAUAUCUAUAUCUAUAUCUCCAUAGCCAUAGCCAUACUGAUACCCAUACCCAUACCCAUACCCAUACCAUCGACCACGCUCCCAUCACGUCCACACAUACGUCCUUCCGUACUUCUGCACUCCCGGCCCUCCCGACCCAGCACUAGCAGUGAAUAAAUACAUGUUGAAAACGAGUACAAUUGUGCGGUCACUUCGAUUGUUCGCAGAAUCUGUGGAUGCGAUAUAAUAAGUCCAAUCAAUUUCACGCACGCUUGCAUCUGUCACUAGAUCUCGACACACGCGGACAAUUGAGGCGUCGGUCCAUCUUUUUUCGCGAUUGCGCGCCGCAACCCUCCAUUCUGUCCACUCACUCACCACCCACUCACCCAUAAUCAGAACAAACCCACACACACACCCACACCCACACUCACACACAGACCGAACCAGCAUUCGAUAUCACCCGCCACAGUCAUUCUCAACCCUCGAACCCUCCAACCUAAUAUUAAACAUCAAUAGUUAUAUCGAUCGAUAGUCAAUUAAUUGAUCCCUCUCGUCCAUUAUUCUCAACUUCCAUAAUUAUCACGACAAUUAUUGUUGCAUUAUCGCUGUCUUCCGCAAACGCCAUAAUCUCUCAGUCAUCGAGUCAUUGUCGCGACUUUGCGAUUCCACAUCGGCGUAAUUUAACAAUCUCGAGUCCCACUUGACGCGACGGAAACCCGCGUUUCAUUAUACCUCCCCUCUGAUGGCAAACAACGACAUUAAUGCCACCCCUCUCGGUGCGCAUGAGCCGGAAAUAGUAGAAACCCUUCAGAAUUUGAUAUCGCAAGGGAACAAAGAAGGAUACCACGCCGAGAAGAGCGUCGCAACACAACCCGCGAUUGCCAUCGCGCCCGUACCCGACAAUUCGCAAUCAACAGUAGAAGGCCAAGACGCCGCGGUCUUUACGCCACCAGCGUCUGAUGAGUUCUCAUCACAAAGUACCAGUCACGAUGGAGGGCCUUUAUCGCAGCUCUCACAGCUCUCGCAAUUGGCUGCCGCACAACUACCACUUGAAAGUAAUACUCACACCACACCACCAAAAAUCAACAUCACUCUGAAUGCGAGUCAGAAGAGAACCGCAGAUGGUCAUGUAAAAUCAAAAGCGUCCAACUCAAAUACGCCAAGUCCCACAGGCCCAUCAUCCGCUCGAAGCCAUACAAGAAAUACAAGCACAGUCAGCAAUGCAUCUUCGGUCGCAAGCAGAUUUGGAGAGCUAUCCUCCGAAUUAAGGACCCGACUUUCCUAUGCAAUGGUUAAAGUUAACAAUGGAUGGGAAUCGAAAUCAAUCAACGAAGUUGAAACUAUUGCAUCACAAGCUGGAUCUCCAACAUCAUCGAAUUCAACCAUCAACAAUCGCAGAAACCUUGUUCACACUUCUCCUAGAACAGCCAUAGCAAGUAUUCAGGGCCAGGGAUCCAGAGAUGUAUUUGGACCACGAUCUACAGCCGAUUUCGACCUGUAUACACGAACAGAGCCAUUAUCUCGCACCUAUGAAUCGUUCUGGCGUGACCAUUCUACCGCCAACGGAGCCCAAUCAUAUAGACAUAACUUAUAUAACUCUUCAUCGCCACAAUCUAAGUCUCUCGCUCCUCCAGCUGAUAUACGGCCAACACCUCCUUCUAGGAGAUCAGACUCAAAAUUCUCAAAACUUCCAUCUAUCCCACGCCACUCAAGUGCCAACUCGCAUCAUUCAUUUAACAAUUCUGCUCCUCAAACUCCCAGUGGGACUGCUCAUCGUCGCUCUAGGCAUACCGCAACCUCUGAACAUAGAACGACAAGAGAACAAGAGAAACGAGAGACGUUAGAACAAGAUGCAAUCGAAAUGCUGUUAUCGAUGGGCUCGCCUGGGAAUUCACAAAACAUGGCACCUAAUUUAACUCCUCCGCAGUUACCAAAGAAAAGUCCCAGGCAAAGUCCUCUUCGCGCAGAAUUCGGGCAGAUGACUCGGAAUAGUAAGGGUAAAUUGGGACCCCAGACCCAACGCAGAGUGGAGUUUGCAGAAAGUGUUAGUAGUGGAAGCGACAAUGGAUACCAGGCAGCAAGCCAUAGAAAAUCUACCAUGAGGAAUAAUCUUCAAAGUAGACGAGUGACGGACAGGAUGUUAGAUGAAAUGGAUGAGAGUAGUGAUGAAGAAGUCGAGUUACCUUUGCCACAGGGAAGACGUAUACCAGGUCGUGUCUAAAAGCAUGUUACACAGGUCGAUCAAUUAUCUUUAAUUUUCGCAUUGUAUUGUUAUACGGGGCCUCACUCAACUGAUGAAGGACAUACAAAAAUGUAUCCUUCGAGGAGUAAAAUACUAGCAUUGUUCGGAGUAUUCGGCUUUAAAAACAUCAUUCGGGCGUCGAUGCCCAUCUAUCAUCACAUUCAUCUUUAGCACUUAAACUGCAUUCUCGGAUUAUGGUCAGGGUUAUGUGAUAGGCCUCCAUUUGAUUAUACUUUUUUUCAUUGGCUCGGUUAUGAAUUAGGAGGUUCUGCGGAAUCUUGAAGCGCGUUUCUCGGGGUAGAGGCGUCACGUGGGUGUUUGGGAUGUACGGGAUGUAAUCAUUUUUUAUUCAUGGUGUAUGUAUACAUGGUUGUGUGCAUCAGCAAGCAUAUAUCGGGGGCUGGGCGGUCAUUCGGUGCACAUACUAGCUAGGUAGCUAGAUUUGGAUUCAUAUUUUUAUUAUUCA